GGUAUUGCAACCAUCCAUACCUGUCAUACUCAACUUGCAUCACCCCCAGAUAACCCAUAACCUCUUUCAUUAUGUCACAUCUCACCACGUUUGUCAGACGGGCUAAAAAGUUUACAACGUUUUUGGGCCCGGGAAUUAUGGUGUCUGUCGCAUAUUUCGACCCUGGAAACUACUCUGAGGCGGUUAGUGCCGGCGGAAACUACCAGUACAAGCUUCUAUUCGCGAUCUUCGCUUCAAACCUAUUUGCGGUGCUCUUGCAAUGUCUCUGUAUCAAGCUUGGUUCCGUUACGGGGCUUGACUUGGCGGAAAUGUGCCGCAAACACUUCCCUCGGCGGUGGAACUACGCGUUAUACGCGUUUGCCGAGUUGGCGAUCAUCGCGACAGAUCUUGCGGAAGUUGUCGGGACCGCCAUUGCCCUUAACAUCUUAUUCCAUAUCCCGCUCCUCUACGGAGUUUUGCUCACCAUUUUAGACGUGCUAAUUAUCCUAAUGGCGUAUAAGCCCGAGUCCGGACUGAUGAAACAGGUGCGCGGCUUUGAGGUUUUUGUGAGCUUGCUCGUGCUCGCGACGUGUGUCUGCUUUGUGCUCGAACUUUUCAAAAUCGAUGUUCCAGAUAAGACAGCGGUCUGGCGCGGAUUUUUGCCAUCCAAGGAGUUAACAGAACACAAAGCGUUGUAUAUCUCGCUUGGGCUCUUGGGCGCAACGGUUAUGCCACACUCUUUGUACCUAGGCUCGGCCUUGGCCCAGCCGCGUUUGAAAGAAUAUGAUAUAAAACACGGCCGGUACACCCAGGAGGAGAACCAUCUGGCCGCCAUGUCUCAGGACUUGGACCGCAAGUACAAACCGAGCGUGUCUGCGCUAAACUACUGUCUCAACUACUCGUACGCGGAGCUCAUCAGCUCUCUCUUCCUUAUUGCUAUGUUCAUCAACUCUGCCAUUUUGAUCGUUUCCGGGGCCACAUUGUACCAGAAACCUGGCGCGGAGGAUGCCGAUUUGCUCUCAAUCUACGAAAUGUUGAGCACGUACAUCUCCCCCGCGGCCGGGCUAAUCUUUGCGCUUGCGAUGCUCUGUUCCGGGCAGUCCGCCGGAAUUGUAUGCACGAUGGCAGGUCAGAUCGUCAGCGAGGGUUUCGUCCAGUGGAGGUUCUCCCCCUGGGUGAGACGCCUCAUCACGCGAAUGCUAGCCAUCGUUCCGUGCAUCGCAGUGGUUUUGGGCACCGGCAGGUCUGGGGUCGCGGAAAUUCUCAACGGCAGUCAGGUCGUAUUGAGUUUGAUCUUGCCCCUCGUCAGUGCACCGCUCAUCUACUUUACCUCCGUACCAAAGUACAUGAUGGUAGAAUUGGAUGAGAGCGAAGAGCAGAGCCACGAACAGACGAGCCUACUUGGAGAUGCAUCGGUGGUGGUUGUAGGCGGGAAAAAGUAUAAGAACUACGCUAACGGUCGGUUAUUGACCUUUGCGGCCGUUUCUACGUGGUGUCUUAUCACGUUUUUGAACUUGUUUUUUAUCUCUUCGCUUUUGUUCCGGGGGGAGGAUGUGUUCUAGCAAGAACGGCUGUAAAGCAGAGGCACGACGUCCAAAGUGACAUGUAAAUGUAUAAAUAAAAUUCUUGGAUAUAGUAUGGUUUCGAG